AUCGAUAUUUUCGAUGCAUUGAUGUUUUUUCGACAUUCCUAGUUCCAGCCAGUCAGCUAAUCUUUUCAGGAAAAUAGGCGAUUAAUUGAUAUAAUUUUCCAUAAAUAUAUUUGUUGUUGCAAAAAUAAAAGUGCAAAUUUAGUACUAAUCGGAAGAUUCGAGCAACGCAAUACUACAAAACUGAUGCCCGUAAUUAAUUGCGUGGAUUUGCAUUCUGCCUGAACCUUUGGAUAUUAUUGCGAGACAAUUUCUGUGCACUGUAGCAAACGCCAAGAAAAGCCAUUGUUGAAAGAAUCGGAUCAAACAUGAAAUCAUCGAUGACGGGAAUGCUGUUGUGCUGCCUUCUGGCAGGACUUUGGUCAUCUGCUUAUUGUCAAGCAGCUAGAAAUGCGACUGAUGAUAACAAAUCAACGGCAAAUAUCAAAGAUCUUACACCGUCUGAUACUGUUGCAACCAAAAACGACUCAACGAGCUUGAAAGCAUCAACAGAGACAAUUACGGCAGAUCCCACUACUACCACACAGGAGUCAGUAAACACAAAAGAAACUCUAUCAACAACGGAUCAAAAUGCAACUACAACUUCUACAGCGGCAGCACCUGACCAAAACACCACCACUACAACUGCUCCUCCACCAACAACAACAACCCUUCCGACCACUUCUACCACAGCUUCGCCAAACACUACCACUACCACUCCAUCGACGUCCACCACAACAACCGUUGCGCCAGACAACAGCACAACAACUGUUGCGCCAAACAACAGCACAACAACUGUGGCGCCAGACAACAGCACAACAACUACGACCACAACAGCUGCACCACCAACUCCACGUCCACCAUGCAAUCAUUUUGAUUUUCCAUCCUUCAUUGGUGGUAUAGUAUUGACGUUGGGUAUUUUGGCCAUCAGUUUGGUUGCCUACAAAUUUUACAAGGCCCGCAACGAGCGCAACUACCACACCCUUUGAGCCGCCACUGCUUUUACGUCGGCAUUUAAUGCAGCAGCCAACACAGCGCCGUCCAAUUCAAGCAGCAUAGACGUCGAACGUGUGCGUUUCGUACAGCCCUCGUUUCCGUUGCGAUCACCACCACAACCCGCUCCAUCGGCAGAGUCCUCCGGCGCUGUUCCACCAUCGUCACCAUCCAUUCGACAACGGUUGCUGCAAACAUAAUCAAAUACUGAAAAGUAAAUAAUGGAUGUAUUAAGUAAACUUCCCUCUUUCUAAUUAAAUAUCUGUGUAUAUCCAACAACAGUAAUAAAUAUCUUUCUGCACUCUAUGUAAAACAAAAACUGCAUACAUAAUGUAGUUAAACUAUGCCACACAAAAUGCGUAAAGUUUCUCAUAUCUUCUCCGCUAAUGUCCCAAAGGUAAAAUUUACUUUAAAAGAGAAAAAACUUUGGAUUAGGAGUGUUAGCUGGUUUGCCGCUUAUUUACUCGGGUUAUUUUAAUGAAAUUUCAUUUAAAUUUUCCGUGCAUUAGUAUGAAAAUAUGGAUUUGAAAGUAAUUGCUAAAUAUUAAAGGCGGCUCGACUGUUUGAUUAAACCAGAAUGAAGACAAUUUUUUUUUUGUUUUAAUUGAAGGAUUGUUAAAAAGUCACAUAAUGCUCCAUAAACUAUCAUUUAGAUUCCCUAAAACGAGUGCAAUGAAUAUGCAACCUUGGUUUAUUCGAAGAUGUCGAACCUUCUAUUACCGAGAUUGGUGCUCGAAACCCUGUACUAAAUAUAUUUUAACGUACACAUACAAAAAUAAACCAAUGUAUGGAUGUGCAAACAGGCAAAAUAAUUUCUUAAUGAAAUCAAAGUGCUGGCGGUGUUUUUCUUGUCACGAAACAAUUGUGUAUGAGUAACUUAAGUGAGGUGUAGAUACUUGUUUAAAUAAAAUUAAAUCACGUAUACAUGUACGUAUUUAGAAAAAAAUGCAGUGCAUACAUAUCGUCACCUGAAAUGCAAAAUAACGUAUCAUCAUCGUCACUGAAAUGGAAAGUCGUGAAAUUUUUUUUUUUUUGGCAUAAAACGAUGUGGGGAGUGAGCUGUAGUAAUUUGAUGAAAUCUAUCAUAGCAAUCAAAAAGUGAAUUUUGAAUUUUUUAUGAGUUACCGACCUUUUGCAUUUCAGGUGACGAUAUGUAUGCAUAUUAUAUUAGAAAACAAAUGCGCAUACCUUCAUGGAACAGCAAGCAUGCACACUAAGCGUAUUAUCGAACAUGUGUAAUGCAAUAAAUUAAUUUACUAUCACUUGCUUAAAACUACGUAAUUGAACUAAUGCGAUUCAAAUAUGUACUAUAUAUUCGCAUUUAUAAUUAUGUAUUGCCGGUUUACUAUAUAAUUUGAAAUAAAUCCUAAAAUAUGUGAACAAACUA